AUGCCCCAGACAAGAUCCGGCUUACAGGGAGCGUCGACGGCACGCUCGACGACUCGUGGUUUCACUCUCUUGCUGCAGGACAUCCCUUUCCAGAUCUGCUUUGUUUUCCUCGUCACCGUCAUCGGUCCGUUGUACCUCACUGUCUGGACCAUAGACAUCCUCCUAGUUGCCCUCUUGAAUAAGAUCUAUUGCGGUCUACAAGCGAUUGGCCUGGAAACUCCCGGUGGUAUGGAAGGAAUGGACCGGUUUACUCGCACCAGAGAGCACUACCAGCGAGGCUUACAUCGAAGUCGACAACAAGAAACGCCUCCGACUCCUCCAGCGGCCGACCUCGUCUUCGAUUUCGAUUUCAAGGACUCAAAACUUGACCUCAACUUUGAUAUCGGACACCCUGUCGUCCAGAAUGACUUGAUGGUGAGACAUCAGAUCGAUCCUAGCGAGAACAUAGGUGUUGCUCUUUCAGAUGGGCCCUUCCAGCAGCGAGGACGACUCGGCGGUCCAGUCACCAUGGAGGACGAGCACAGUUGUUUACAGCAACAGAACGAGUGCCUCUCAUCUGUUCCAAAAGUCCCGAGUGAACCAUGUCUUAGAUUCUCUACUCAAUGCGAAAAACCCUCCAGAAAUCUUCCACCUUGUUCCAUCUACUCCAGAGAAUGGAGAGAGCGUGUGAGACGAACGACAACACCGCCUGAGCCAACAGCGGACCUUGUUACGACAGUGAAUGUAAUCCCUUUCUCCGAACGAACUUCCACCGACGAUAUGAAUGGAUCACACCGCCCGAACCCAGCGAAUCGAAACCAAACUGACCGAGAGACGUCACCACCAUUACCAUCACAGACGUGUCCGAAGAACCCAGAUGAUGGAAGCGAAGCGCAGGCCCUCCAACCCGAUUUUAUGCUCGAGGAAAGCACCAGCCAGAGCAGAAAACGUCUUUCUAAGAUUGGGAAGUGGCUUCUGCGGCCGAGAAAGCACUGGGACAAGAAAGCAGCUAUGUCUAGCACUAACAUGAGCGUCGAAAAGAUGCUCUCAAAUACACCAACUCCUUGUCCCAGCUCUGUUCAAGACACAUCAAAGCAGCAUCAGCAUCGGAGGCUUGGCGACGCUCUUCGAACGCGAGUGGCACAGAAGCAGUCCGAAGCUCAAGAUCAAAUCUCUCAGCCGCGGCCCCUGACCGCGUCUCUGCGCGGUGGAGGUAACUUCAACUCCGUCAAUACAGGUCGUCGAUGGGACAAUGAUCAGGAUACCUACAAUCGUCGCAGACGUGGCGCGUACCGCCAUAGUUCCUCAGGCAUUUUCGCUGUUCACAACAGUGUCGUCAUCUUUGCUGAGAGUGAGGAUCGCCUUGACGAUAUCCACCGUCCUCAUUCGCCCUCACGUCGCCCGAUUCACCAACCUCGUCGACCUAGGUCUCCCAGAGAUCCACCUCCGUGGCUUUUCCCUCGGUCGCCUCAAAACCGGAAUCAUGAUGGGGCUGAUAGCCUACGUCCUGCUGGACAAACACCCCCAGGAAAUUCGCAGACCCGCAUUCAGGUACAUCGAAGGCCAGGUCGGCGGACACUGAGCCACGAAGAUGGCAGAAGAGGGCGAAGACCGGAGGAACGAACACGCAUACCCGGUGGGCGAAGACCUGAGCAUCGCACACAGGGAGAAGGAGAGCAUGGAUGCUCUGGAAUCUCGCGUUCGACUCCUCCAAACCAGACUGAUAACACGACCCCUCCGAGGCUGUCUGCCGAGAGCCAGAGCUCCCAGACGUCUCCUCCAAAGCAGCCCAGUUCUACGGGUGAAUCGGCUUUCCACCGUCCUAGCUCCCAUCGUAGUACCGCUUCAGGACCACCCGCAAAAUGCAACAAACGACCAGAGGCAGGAGACGAGCUAUUCCAGGCCUCCUCACCAGCAGGACCUUCUCGAUCGCAACAACACACCGAUUUCGCGCGUGGAACAUCCAUCCGCAUCUCCUUGAAUGAUGGCCGAGUGCUCAGCACGACAGAGUACAAGGCCCUGCAGGAGAAGAGAGCGGGCAAGGCAGCUGUUAGACUCAAGAGUACGGACGAGAAUCGGACGAUAUCUUCACCCGGGGUGAAAGGCACGGGCGAAGAACAGCCACGUGGACAAGGUCCUGCAAGCAAGGAAGGAAGCAGGAGAGACAAGCCGAUAUCCGCAGAACCCUCUCCAAAGGAAGUUCAGAUCCCGCCUGCGUCUCCGCUGGAAGUGCCAUCGGGCCAAUCCAGUCCACGGCGAGAGGCCUCGGGAUCCCAGCAUGGGGGAACGGGAGGCAAGACACAAUCCAGGAAGCCAGAAUUGGCACAGUCAAGUGCGAAGAGAUCGUCACUUGUGGCUGACACCAAAGGACAUUCCACCGGGCCACUCCUAGCAACCGAUCACGGAAAUGAAGCUAUAGCAAGUGCCAAAGCUGAGCUGAAUGAGCGCCCGACAACUAUUAUUGCCCGUGCAUCAAGUCUGACUCCUGGUUCAGUCUUUUCGACGAGCCAGCAGCACCGGUCAACCGCCGCUGGUGUAUCAAGCCAGCAGUCUCCUCCUACGAGCUCCUUGCCCAGAGAAACCUCAGGCCUCACCGGCCCAGCAAGUCAGCCGCCAACAACCCGUAUCGGGAAGAUCUCAUCAGUCGUCGAUUCGCCACCUGCGCGGACGUCGGGCAAGCAGGGCACAGCCCUUUCCAAUCGACCCGCAGCGCGCUCCAACCACCUCCCAAGCUCUGACGACGGCAACAGCCCGCAGGAAAUGAAGGCGAGGAACCACGACGCUGGUGAUGCCCCGGCUGAGACCGGGACCGAGGGAGAGCCGACCUGGAGCUUUGCUAACCUCAAACCUUAG